AUGGAUCAUGUGGGUGAGGGGGAGUCAGAGUUGGUAUUCAACCCUACAGACGAAGAGAUGGUACACUAUCUCCUGAAUAAGGUGACUGGGAAAACUCCUUUCGUGAGAGAAGUGAUUGAAUGUGAUCUUUAUGGAGAUGAAGAAUUGUGGAGGAAACGAGUCGAAGGAACCCAACGCAAUUGUCUUUACUUCUUCACCAAGUUGAAGAAGACGACCCAGAAGAUGUCGUGGUCCAGUAGAGCUACCGCAUGGCGCAACACUUGGAAGGCACAAUCAGACAAGAAGAUUUGCAUGGGAGAGAAAGUACAUAUUGGUUCCAAGAGAUGUUUCUCGUUGGUGGAGAAGGAAAAGCCCAGAGUGAAGCAUGGUUGGGUCAUGCAUGAGUAUAGGCUUGAUGGUGUUUAUGACUGUUACAAUCAAGGCAACGACUACGUUAUCUGUAGAAUCAAAAGAAUGGUUUCAAAGAAAGUAGCAGUAAAGCAACAAGAGGUAGAAGGAGAUGAUGCCAUAGCCAUUCAAACAACAUGCAAUGAAAUCCUUGACCCAAAGGUUACAGUACUGAAGGAGCAAGAAACGGAACCGGGGAGCUCCACACCACAAAGGGAAGAUGAUUUUUUUGGACAGCAGGAAGAAACUCCACCUAGUGGAGUUGAUUUUGCAGAAGGAGGUGGAGGAAACUGGAUACAAGCUUUUGCUCAAGACCUUCUGGCCUAUUCACAGAACUGUGUGGAAGAGAAAGAUGAAGGGGUGGAUAUGUUGCCCAACCAUUUUUACAAAGACAAAUGGAUAAGAGGUUGGGAAAGGGCACCCACUGACCAUAAGUCAAAUUGUUAA